AUGGAAAACAAAAAUAAAGUGACUGUUGUGCUGGGUGCUCAGUGGGGUGACGAGGGAAAAGGAAAAGUAGUGGAUUUACUGGCUGUUAAUUCCGACAUCGUGUGCCGCUGCCAGGGCGGAAACAAUGCUGGUCACACAGUCGUGGUAGACGGGAAGGAGUUCGAUUUCCACUUGCUGCCAAGCGGUAUCAUCAAUCAGAAAUGCACCUCUGUAAUCGGUAACGGCGUGGUCAUCCACCUGCCUGGGCUGUUUGAAGAGCUGAAGAAGAACGAGAUGAAGGGCAUGCAGGGUUGGCAGCAGAGGCUGAUAAUUUCGGACAGGGCUCACAUCGUGUUCGAUCUGCAUCAACAGGCCGACGGUCUUCAGGAGGCCGAGAAGGGGAAGAACUCCCUGGGGACGACGAAGAAGGGAAUCGGCCCCACUUACUCGUCGAAGGCGACCCGCAACGGCAUCAGGAUCGGCGAUCUCCUCGGCGACUUCACCAUUUUCGAGGAGAAGUUUCGCACGCUCGCCGCUGGCUACAAGCGCAUGUUCCCCGCCCUGGAGGUGGAUAUCGAGAGCGAGCUAGCCCGCUACAAGGACUACGCCGCGAAGAUCCGCCCGCUCGUCCGCGACACCGUCUCCUAUUUGCACGAAGCGAUAAAGGACGGCAGGCGGGUGCUGGUCGAGGGGGCCAACGCCGCGAUGCUCGACAUCGACUUCGGCACGUACCCGUACGUGACGUCGUCCAACUGCAGCAUCGGGGGCGUCUGCACGGGGCUGGGGCUGCCGCCCAAGGUCAUCGGCGAGGUCAUGGGCGUCGUCAAGGCGUACACGACGCGCGUCGGCGACGGGCCCUUCCCCACGGAGCUGCACGACGAGACGGGGCGACUUUUGCAGGAGAGGGGGCACGAAGUGGGUGUGACAACGAAACGCGUCCGCCGCUGCGGCUGGCUCGAUCUCGUCGUGGUGAGCUACACCGCCAUGGUCAAUGGAUACACGUCUGUGUGCCUCACCAAGCUGGACAUAUUGGACACUCUAAAGGAGAUCAAAGUUGGCGUCGCAUACAAGUUGAAUGGCAAGGUCAUCAACUACUUCCCAUCGUCGAUGCCAGAACUAAGCAGCGUUGAGGUGGAAUACAUGACUCUACCAGGCUGGGAUUGCAGUAUAGAAGAUAUCCGGCAAAUGGACAACUUGCCAGUGCAGGCAAGGAACUAUGUCAAAGCCAUUGAGGACUUCCUAAAAAUUCCCGUGAAGUUCAUAGGGGUGGGCCAAGGUAGAGAGUCCAUCAUCAGCGCCGAU